AUGGGGAAUGAUGUUGAUAUGCACGAGGGGGACGACAGUGCGGGAGCUGAGGGGGCACCGACUGAUGAGUCGACUCGUGAGGGGGCUAACGGCUCUCGUCCUGUGGCUCAGUCCGGGGAUGGGACCGGGGUUGAGCUGGCACCCUCACCAUCGGUGCCUAUGACUUCGUUGCGGUUUGGGUCCUUUGAGCCAGCCUCUGCCCCUCCCAGACUUUGGAGUGACCGGGUAGAUUCUGAUGAUGUGUUUGAGUAUUCACUACCUUUGCUGGAGUUCGAGGAUGCCGGUGAGGCCCUGGCUGGAUGCUUGGCGAGGACAUCGUCCGUGAGGACUUUGGCUGGCUCUGGGGACGGGGAGCCGGUGGUUGCUUCACCUGAGGUCGAGGUUCCGGAGAUAACGGUUGUGGCUGAGGUGGGGCGUGGGGGAGGGGGUUCGGGGCAGGUGGCUUCGACUUCCCUCUUCACUAUCCCGACGUCGGCAUCGCUGGUCAUGGCGGGAUCGGCGGGUGCUGGGAGAGGGGGCCCGAGGCAGGCGGCUUCAGCUCUCUCUCCUUCGGGCGUGGCGGCGGCGACCGCGCCUUCUGAGGCGUUGGGGGAGGGGGGUUUGGGGCAGGUGGCCCUGACUCCUCCUUCCUCGUCGGUGGUCAGGAGGACCGCAUCUCCUUCGGUCGUGGCGGCGCCCGCGUCUUCUGAGACGUCGGGGGAGGGGGGGUUUGGGGCAGGUGGCCCUGACUCCUCCUUCCUCGUCGGUGGUAAGGAGGACUGCGUCUCCUCCGGUCGUGGAGGCGGCACCCGCGCUUUCAGAGACGCUGGGGGUGGGGGGUUUGGGGCAGGUGGCCCUGGCUCCUCCUCCCUUUUCGGCGGUCAGGAGGACCGCGUCUCCUGCGAUGACGACGACCCAUUCUUCGCCGAAGGGUGGGGCGGGAGGAGGGCUAGGGCAGGCGGUCCCCGCCAUCCUCCCUCCCAGCGUACCCGUUGCUAUGGGUCUCGGCUUGGGGCACUUGUCCGAGGGGUAUGGGAGCCCGCAGCCGCCUCCUCCGGUAACCUUGGUUGA